AUGUCCCGGAAGUAUCAUCCAAAGGUCAAACAAACAGCGUCGACCUCCACCUUCACAGCACCAUCCGAGCGGACCUUGCGCUGCGCUGCGUUGCUGCCAGAUGGCAAGGAAUGCUCGCGUACGAUAAAAAAGCCCGAGCAUCAAUAUUGCCGACCCCAUCAUCAGGAGUACAAGAAUCUUCAUAGCGAGUACAAACGGCUGGAAGAGGAGUAUAAUGCCUUUUUGUUGGGAGAUACACACGCCUCGGCUGCAGCAGUCACAGAGAAGAUUGCACGUGGGAGACGGGUCAUCACAUUAAGGGACGAGGUUAACCGGCGGUUCUUCAGUGUCAGCGAGGGCAACAGAAACCACGUUCGAUGGAUCCUGAAGUUGAAAAGGGAGGUCGAUACUUUGGAGGAGAAAUCCAAGAUGGGGUCGGAUAGGGCCGGUGGUGGGGGUGAGCCAGCGCAAGAAGCUCAUAGUGGGCCAGCAGGCAAUUCUACGGAAAGUGAGAUCCCACGUGGGAAAUCCAUUUAUCGCUCGCUCUUCUCACCGGACGUACCGAUGUCUGAUCUAGACCAUCUGCCGGAUGAUAGCCCGGUAAGAGUCCUGAAGACCGCCCUUGCCCUGGUUACCGAUGGAUCGAGGCAACAACUGUAUAGCAUCGUCCCUUCGCUGGAUGACUCAUCCCCGGUGAUCAAAGAUGACGAGAACGGGGAUCCACGGACGCCCGACGUCGGCGAUAAAGUGGUCAGGUUUCUCCUGCGUGAAUUGAUUCUCUGGAAAGCAGACACGGAAGUUCUUACUCUGGCGUCCAAAAUUGACAACAUUGAUACGUUUCUGCGACAGGUGCCCUGGGAGAUUCAGAACUAUAUCAAAUUCUUUGAAACUCUAGGCCGUGAGGACACCCUGCAUUUGCUUCGCAAUGCCGUCUGCGAUUGCCUGCUUCCUCCGGAUUCAUCGGCAGUCAGAAUCCUAGGCGAACGGAUCUGCACUGACAAUGAAACAAGAAGGAUGACCGUUGAAACCUGGGACGUAUUAUAUCAGUAUUUCCCUGAUUAUGCAGAUUACACAACCGUCGAUUUCUUCUGUUUCAGAUUCGAAGACGUCCUUCUCAUCAGAAGACUCAUAGCACUGCAGAGAUACUCCCCACAAGGCUACCAGGACCCUCUUAUCUCUCUCACUGAGAAGGAUGGAGUUAUAACCGCAACCCAGAUUCGUUGCUAUCUGGUCGGGAGAAUGAGCAAACAUGACGCCAUAACAGCGAAGCUCGUGCAAGACCUCCUUAGACGCGUCGCCCACUACAUUGUGGUGGUUUACGAGACCAGUGGCGAUGGGUGUGGACCUUCAAAAGUCACUCACCAAACCGACGUGCUAGACGACAAUCUCUGGGUCAAGCGCAACCGGUCGGCCGACACACAUGCGCGUCUGGACCAGACUGGCUGGAGCGUCGAAUGGUCGUUAGAAAACAUCCGCAAUGAUGUACGAUUCGUGCAAUCCCACUUAGAACGCAACAUGGUUAAGGACUACGUCGAGAUCUUGAUCAUCGACAGACAUUCAGGGCGCACGUUUAGUCUACACAGCCUUGUGAGCGAUGCGUUGACUAUGCUUCUGCAUGAUCCAAGCGAAGAAGAGAUCAUGAGAAGCGCCGUUCGCAAGUCAAUUCCCGAAGCCGAACAAACACGGUGGAUAGAUGCCUGCUCGUCGGCCGGUGCAUCUACCGAAGAUAGAGACGUCGGCGACGUCCACUAUGAAGGCGCCCGAGUUCGAGCAUGGGACGUGCAGCAGGAACAGCCAAACCUGAUUCGUGGCGCGCUGGAGCUUGUGCCCUCACUGCGAGGCCGCCGGCUGAUUUGCAAAAUCCUAGAUCAGAUGGAGGCCAGCGGAGUAAUCAGCCGAAUCACAGAACCACACAAGACCUACUCCAGACCUAUUCUCCUGCAUGGCACCGACGGCCUGGAAGACCUCUACUUCCACUAUGACUUUGGUUCAGUUGAUGAGAAUGCUCUCGCACUAGGGCCCCUGGGCACUGCUACAGCACCCGACUCACUAAGCCAAUUCGCUCGCGCGUUCCAGGCGGCGCACCCAGGCGCGAUCUUUGCCAAAGGAAGGGUCAACGUUCACUACUGCGCGUGGCCAAUGCCUGCGGUUUUCCCGACUCGAUUGGGUGUUCCUACUUUCCGCACAAGUGAGGGCUAUCUAUAUCGGUGGAAUGUUCUUCCAUUCGACUUCCCCCUCUCCCAGCGCGUGUGGCAGGGUUUCGUUAAUCAUACCAUCAACAAGGUAUUCCCGUUUGCGCAGUGCGUGGGGACAACACUCCUUGUGGCUGCUACCAGUCCGGAAGAAGCGAACAAGAAUCUUGCGUUGGUGACCGGGGCGACAAAACGGAAGGGAUUGAACCUCACUAUUCCACAUAUAUCGAGGUGGACUGGGGAUAUUGACUGUUUGGCAUUGUCAGCAUUAUGGGCUGGGAUAUCUCCAGUCCUGCAGUAG